UUGUUUUUCAACUAUUAGUAGUUUUACAGAAAGAGCACAUUCCUUAAAAAUGGCAUUUAGCUGUAGUGUGGCGUGUUUAUGACUUUUUGUGAAUAAGUGAUUCAGCAAGAUAAACGAAGCUAACCAGUUUUCUAUAACUUCCCGCUUGUCCUUAAUUUUACAGCUAGCAAAAAGGGAAAUGGCAUGUGCUGCUAAAAUAUUUGUUUCUCAGUUAAUGAAUUUUUGGACGCUGCACGGUGUGGCAUUUGUUGUACGUUUAUUUUGUAUUUGCUUUGGGAUUUAUCAAGACAAAACAUUGGUAGUGAAAUACACGGACAUCGACUAUCACGUGUUUACAGAUGCUUCAAGCUUUGUAAUGCAGGGCAAGUCUCCAUACAACAGGUCUACCUACCGUUAUACUCCACUCCUGGCAUGGUUGUUGUUACCCAACAUCUACUUAACCCCUCACUUUGGAAAGCUGCUGUUUGUUAUUUGUGACAUAUUGUCAGGUGUCCUUUUGUACAAAAUUUUGUCUCUACGGGGUUUAUCCAGUUACACAGCUUGUUGUUUCUGUGCUGUGUGGCUGCUCAAUCCUCUAUCUGUUGGUGUAACAACACGUGGAAAUAGUGACACAUUGUUAUCUUAUUUGGUCCUCUUUACACUCCAUUGUCUAAAACAGAACAGACUUAUUGUAGCAGCAUCUCUCUAUGGUCUGUCUCUUCAUAUGAAAAUCUAUACUGUAAUAUAUGCACUUCCCAUUGCCCUGUUUAUAUCAUCAAAGGACAAUUGCAAAGAAAUUUUAAGAACAUGUCAGAGACUCUUCAGUAGGGACCUGUUCAAGUUUGUUGCUGUUGCAGGAGCUGUGUUUUUUGGACUGAAUUUGAUCUUUUAUUACAUGUAUGGUUGGGACUUCCUGUAUGAAACUUACUUCUACCACUUGACAAGGCGGGAUACUCGUCAUAAUUUCUCCCCCUACUUUUAUAUGUUUUACCUAAACAUGGAAAGUGAAAAAAGCUUGGUUCUGGGGGUAGCAGCCUUUCUUCCCCAGGUUAUACUCCUGUUUUUUAGCUCUCUGGCAUUCCAUGCUGACUUGCCUCUCUGUUGCUUUCUCAACACAGCCAUCUUUGUCAGUUUUAACAAAGUCUGCACCUCACAGUAUUUCUUGUGGUACCUGUGUUUUCUACCUUUGGUCCUGCCAUAUUUGAGGAUUUCAGUAAAGCAAGGAGUCGGACUACUGCUUCUGUGGUUUACUGGUCAGGGUGUGUGGUUGGCACCAGCUUACUACCUGGAAUUUGAAGGAUAUGACACAUUUGUAUUUAUUUGGUGUGCUGGCUUGCUGUUCCUUGUCAUCAACUCAAUUGUAAUAGUUCAGAUCAUAAAUUUGUACAUUCCAGAGACAGUUCAGCAAAUAAAAAAAGCUAAAUAAAAGGCUGGAAUAAAUAUAUUAUACACUAGAAGCAAUUUGUUAUAUUGCAAUAAGUCAAGUUUGGAGUUAAAGGUACAGUGCUGCAAAAAAUAUUUACCCCUACCCAAUUUCUCUUUUUUGCAUAUUUGUCACAUGUUUCAGAUCGUCACACUACCUUUAAUAUCAGACAAAGAUAAUCCAAGUAAACACAAAAUGUUGUUCAGCCCUAUCUGCAGAACUGUGCUGUGUGGGGAAAAAAAGUAAUUGUCCUCUUUGCUACUAAAUCAACAAGGUAACCAAAUGUAAUUGAUAAUUGGGUUUAAUAACACUAGCCACACCGUCAAUGCUACUGCCAGACCUGUUGAAUCUACACAUCUUAAAUAGAACCACUAUGGCUAUGUAAAGGAUUUUAAAGGUUUCAAAAAAGCAGCACAUAAUGUCACAUUCUGAAGAGAUUCAAAUACAGAUGUGAAAGAAGGUUAUUAAAAUCUGGAAAGGGUUACAAAGCCAUUGGUAAGGCUUUGGGACUCCAGUGAACCAUAAUGAGAGCCAUUAUCCACAGAUGCAAGAACGACUAAUCCAGGAGGUCACAAAAGAACAUAGCAGAACAUCUAAAGCACACCUAGGCAUUGUACAGCCCCCAGACCACAUCCAGCUUUUGGCUGUCUCCAACCGGCCCGCAUGAGGUCAGUGGUAAUUAGAAAUCAGAUGUAAAUAAGCUUUGCUAGCUAAACUGCAAAAGCAACAAGGACAUCCAGGGCUGGAGCAGUCAAGACCAGCUUUGUGGUAUCCAGAAAGAGUAUCCAACAAGGACUAAAAAACAGCAAGUGAGGUCAUUAAACUCCAAACAAAAUAAGACACUGGAAAAAUUUAAUUUAUGGCAGAGGUGCAAGGUGCAAAUCACAGCUGACCAGAAAGAACACAAUGGCUUGUCCUGCAUUUGCACAAAAAAAAAAAAAAAAAAAAACUAGAUGACCAAGGUAUUUAUUCUGUGGACAAAGGUGAAACUUUUUGGAAGACAAGUUCUGCUAUAAGGGAAAUCAUACAAACAGUCAAACGUGGUGGUGCUAGUGUCAUGAUCUUGUAUUGCUUUGCUUCUACAAGGCUACUUUUUGUAAUUGACAGAACUGAGAUUUUUGCACUUUAUCAGAAAAACCUGAAGGAGAAUUUUUUUUUCCGUCAGUUCAUGACCUACAGGCACAUCAUGCUCGUAAACCCUCCAGUGUAGCAGAAUUGAAAACAAUUCUGCAUAGAAAUGUGGGCCAAAAUUUCUAUGUAAUUUAGCAAUUCUGGUAUAAGCUCAUUGCAAGUUAUUACAAAUGUUAGCAGUUGUUAGUGCCAAGAGUGGCACAACCAUUUAUAAGGUUUAGGGGGUAAAUACUUUGUAAUAUAGGCUUUAAGUAAAUCUUUAUCUUUAAUAGAUGAUAAUUUAAAGCUUAAUUUUGUGUUUACUCAUGUUGUUGGAAUUAGUGUUGGUAAAACAGACAAUGAAUAAGUCAAUGAAUGUAACAGUGGGUGCUGUUUGCAGAUUUAUGUACACAGUAUAGAGAUUUAAGAAUAAAGAUCAUUAUAAUAACAUUCAUGAAACAAUUAUGCAGGAUGUUAUUAAAGUAUUUUUCUAUAUAGUCAUAAAUAAAUGUGCAAUGCACCUUAAUGAAUUUGAUAUGUAAAACAUAUUGAUGUAUUUCUGGUACAAAAAAGCUUGUUCUAAAAGUCAUAUAAAUUGCUUUUAUUAGAUUUAUUGAAGUAACUUUUGACAAGUAUGUUUACUUCUAC